AUGUUGGAAGUUCACGAGUGUCAAACAGCAAAGUUUCUCAAGAACAAAAUACUUGAUAUACUGAAGAAGUACCAUCUUAAUGUAGAACAAGUGUUUUCGAUUACAACUGAUAACGGCUCGAAUAUGCUUGCUGCAGCAAAACAAUUGCAACAAGAAUAUGCUUCUCAAAUAAUAGAGCAUGAAGACGAAGAAGAUGAUCAAUUCAUAAGGAAUUUGACUGCAGAGCUUGGUGAACAGUUCAACAUUAUUCGUUGUGCCAUACACACUUUGCAGUUGGCUCUAAAUGACGUAAUUGGUAACGCAGAUCCGAAAAUGCAAGCAGUAACAAAUAUGGUUAAGCAAACGAGAAAAGUGAAAUAUAAAAAUUUCUUCGAAUAUCACAAUGCCAGUUAUCCUCCACUUUGGUCAGCCACGCGCUGGUGUGGAAAGUAUAAAAUGAUAGAAUCUGUUAUGAAACAAGAGCAAUUUUUCAUUGCACUUGGAGAACAGUAUCCCGAAACAGCUAUCGACGAUGAUACUUGGCGCUUCAUCAAAGAAUACGAGACUGCUUUCAAGCCAUUUUAUAAAGCAACAAAAAUGAUGCAAUCGCAACAUCAACCAUUUUCGGAGUUUUACAUACAAUGGCUUAACGCAGUUCUGGAACUGCACAAACUGGAAAGUAACAGGUUCAUCGCCCCACUUUCUCAAAGUUUGAUGAGUAGAUUUGAGAAAUUGAAGCAGAAUAAUGUUUUCCGGGCAGCUCUAUACUUGGAUCCUAGGUUCAACUAUUUGAAUUCUACGGUAUUCACUCCAGAAGAGAAAGAGGAAAUUCAGGAAUAUUUAAUACGCUUAUGGGAAAGAAUGACUACAUUACGUGAAGCUACUGGAAGACUACCAUCGCUGGACAUAUCGAGCAACGAAUCGUCAAGAUCUAUAGUCGUUGACGAUAUGGACGACUUCCUAACAAAUUUGUUUGGUGGAACACUAACUCCAGCAAGUUCUUCGAAAUCGUUGGACAACAUACGUCAACAAAUCAAAAUGUUGGAAAUUGAGCCACGACAGCCUCAUACGUAUAGUGUUUGGAACCAUUGGUUAGCAAGAAAGUCUUCACAUCCAGAGGUAUAUGAUGUUGCUAUGCUGGUUCAUUCAUCACCAUCCAGUCAAGCUUCUGUUGAAAGAGCAUUCAGCGCACUUUCGCUUGUUUUAACUAGUCGACGUACAAGUAUUACGGACGAUAUACUGGAGAACACGCUUUUACUGAAAUUAAAUGCGGACAUCGUUGAGCACGUUGCUCACGGCUCCUUGGAAGGAUUCCAAUAA